GCCUGUGUGUGGCAAGGCUGCGUGCGGCUUCGACAUGGCGACUGCGGGGGAGGGGUAGCUUUCACUGGCUGCGCGAGCGGGGCAGCGAACCCUGCCCGAUGGGCUAAGCGUCAUCCACUCAUGCAUCCCUGAGACACACCAUGGCCCGCAGAGCUUUCCCAGGACGGGAUCCCGCUGACCGAGCCUGUCUGUCUGGCCCAUCGUGCAACUGUGUGCUGCUGCCCGGUGGAGAGAAACGUCUCUAGUGCCGCGGUGCGUGGCACCCAGGAGUACUUAAGAUUUCUCAUCGCCCCCUCGUGCCCCUCUUUCUAUCCCCAAGUCCCUCCCACCCGUUGUUUCCUUCAGAUACCCCAAUUCCUUUUCGCAGCCAUGUCCGAGACGUUAGCAAAGCUCUCUACCCCCCAGACGGGCGAGUACGAGCAGCCCACCGGCCUCUUCAUCAACAAUGAGUUUGUCAAGGGCGUCGACGGCAAGACCUUUGAGGUCAUCAACCCCGCCACCGAGGAGGUCAUCUGCAGCGUCGCCGAGGCCACCGAGAAGGAUGUCGACAUUGCUGUCGCGGCCGCCCGCAAGGCCUUCAACGGUCCGUGGAGGAAGGAAACACCAGAGAACCGCGGAAGGCUUCUCGUCAAGCUUGCCGACCUCUUCGAGCAGAAUGCCGAGCUUCUCGCUGCCGUCGAGGCGCUUGACAACGGCAAGGCCUACAACAUGGCCAAGAACGUCGACCUUCCCGCCGCUGCCGGAUGCCUGAGGUACUACGGAGGAUGGGCCGACAAGAUCGAGGGCAAGAUUGUCGACACCACACCCGACACCUUCAACUACAUCCGCAAGGAGCCUAUCGGCGUUUGCGGUCAGAUCAUUCCCUGGAACUUCCCUCUGCUCAUGUGGUGCUGGAAGAUUGGUCCCGCUAUUGCGGCCGGUAACACCGUCGUCCUGAAGACGGCUGAGCAGACUCCCCUGUCUGCGUACGUUGCAUGCAAGCUCAUCAAGGAGGCCGGUUUCCCACCAGGUGUCAUCAACGUCAUUACCGGUUUUGGUAAGAUCGCUGGAGCUGCCAUUGCCUCGCACAUGGACGUCGACAAGGUUGCCUUCACUGGUUCCACCGUCGUUGGUCGUCAGAUCAUGAAGGCUGCCGCUGGCUCCAACUUGAAGAAGGUCACCCUCGAGCUUGGAGGCAAGAGCCCCAACAUUGUCUUCGCUGACGCCGAUAUGGACGAGGCCAUCAACUGGGUCAACUUCGGCAUCUACUUCAACCACGGCCAAUGCUGCUGCGCUGGUUCGCGUAUUUACGUCGAGGAGUCCAUCUACGACAAGUUCAUCGCGCGCUUCCGGGAGCGCGCUGCUCAGAACGCCGUCGGCGACCCAUUCGCCAAGGACACUUUCCAGGGUCCCCAGGUUUCGCAGCUCCAGUUCGACCGUAUCAUGAGCUACAUCGAGGACGGUAAGAAGUCUGGCGCCACUGUUGAGACUGGCGGUAAGCGAAAGGGUGACAAGGGCUACUUCAUUGAGCCCACCAUCUUCUCCAACGUCACCGAGGACAUGAAGAUCCAGCAAGAAGAAAUCUUCGGCCCCGUGUGCACAAUCUCCAAGUUCAAGAACAAGGAGGAAGUCAUUAAGAUUGGCAACUCGACCUCAUACGGCCUUGCUGCCGCUGUCCACACCACCAACCUGAACACGGCGCUCGAGGUUGCCAACGCGCUCAGGGCCGGAACUGUAUGGGUCAACACCUACAACUCUCUUCACUGGCAGCUGCCAUUCGGUGGCUACAAGGAGUCUGGUAUUGGCCGUGAGUUGGGUGAGGCGGCGCUGGAUAACUACGUCCAGACCAAGACGGUCUCCAUCCGUCUCGGUGACGUGCUCUUUGGUUAAGUGUUUUUUUCUGUAAAAGCCCCGAAGCAAAUCUGUACUGUAUAUAGCGAAGUUAGCAGGAAACGACAAAUCAAAGUAAAAAUCCU